CACGGCACCCACAAACCCUACCUAUAAACCAAAUUCGCAAUUCUUUCUUCUCGACACUUCCCUUCCUAUUCUAAUUUGUAGAACAAUUUUUUCGAAUUAGGGUUACAUCUUCUCUUCAAUUCAUCAUGGACGCGCAGAGAGCUUUGCUCGACGAACUCAUGGGUACAGCGCGCAACUUGACGGAAGAAGAGAGAAAGGGGUACAAGGAAGUUACUUGGGACGACAAGGAAGUGUGUGGGUUCUACAUGGUGCGCUUUUGCCCUCACGAUCUCUUCGUCAACACGCGCAGUGAUCUCGGUGCUUGCCCAAGAAUUCACGACCCAAAAUUGAAAGAAAGUUUUGAGAAAUCUCCAAGACAUGAUGCAUAUGUACCCAAAUUUGAAGCCGAACUUGCUCAAUUUUGUGAGAAAUUGGUGAUGGACUUAGAUAGAAGAGUAAGACGGGGACGAGAGCGCCUUGCUCAAGAGGUGGAGCCAGCACCACCCCCACCUCUGACAGCUGAAAAAUCUGAGCAGUUAUCUGUUGUGGAGGAGAAAAUAAAGAACCUUCUUGAACAAGUUGAAUCUCUUGGCGAAGCUGGGAAAGUUGAUGAAGCUGAAGCUCUUAUGAGGAAGGUGGAGACACUUAAUGCUGAGAAGACAGCUUUAACACAACCUCAAAAUGAUAAGGUGUUGAUGCUUGGUCAGGAGAAGAAGAUGGCACUAUGUGAAAUUUGUGGUUCUUUUCUUGUGGCAAAUGAUGCUGCUGAAAGGACACAGUCACAUGUCACAGGGAAGCAGCAUGUUGGUUAUGGCAUGGUUCGUGACUUCAUAACUGAGUAUAAGGCUGCUAAGGACAAAGCUAAUGAUGAGGAAAAGUUAGCCAGGGAAAAAGAGGCCGAAGAGCGGAGGAAACAGAGGGAGAAGGAGUAUGAGAGGAGGAGACGGAGUGAUUCAAGUGAUAGGGAUAGGCACCGUGAUAAAGAUCACAAUAGGGAGCGGGACAGAUAUAGGGACAGAGACUCAGAGCGUGAAAGGUCUCGGGAGAAUGAUGCUAGAGGCUACCGAGAUGGGGGAAGGGGAUUAGAUUAUAGGUUGAGGAAUGGACGAAAUGGAGGUAGAGACCGGUACCGUGAUAGGAGCAGAUCACGUUCUCCUGGUAAGCAUAGCUACAGAAGAUCUUCUUGAAGUCCAAUUUGCUCAAAUUAGAGGAAUUUCUUGAUAGAUAUCAGAAUUUGAAUUUACAAGAGGUAGUCUUUAAUAUCCCAAGACUUACAUGAAUAUGUGCUUUUGGAGUCUUGAGUUUUUUUCUUUUUUUGUCAUCAUCAAGGGUGAAUUUACACUUUUCCCAUCUCAGAGCUUUGUUGAGAGUGUACAAUCUCCGUUUCAUCAAAUAUAAUUAAUGGAGAAAAGGGUUGAGGUAGGUAUUUCACUGUUGUAACUUCUCUUACAAUUUGUUUUGCACCUUGAUUUAAGUUAUUUAUGAUGAUUCAUCUCUGAAGCAUUGUGUGUAGUCUUUCUUUUCUCUCAUUUCUGGGAAUCAAUUGAUUGACUUAAGAUGUCAGACACAAAAUUUCAUGAAUGAAUGUCAUUGCUGCCGAGGGGGAUGGUUUUCUCUUGUAUUGAGGUAACUUGUGAAUCUUAUACCUUGCGACAAAUAUAUUGAUAUUUGUUCAGCAUAGAAAUGUUUGUUUUCUUUCCCCAUUCCUUUUUCUGUUUCAUUACCGUUGUUUCUUAAGUUGAUAUAAACCAACACAGGUUUAAAAAAUGCUGCUUAUUCUGACAUGAAAUUUGACAUUGAACUACAUUCCGAAGGCACGGGUAUAGAAGAUAUAGGUAACCUUACUGAAUCUGUUGUUAGUUAUCUCCCAAAUCCAUGGUAUCAUAGCAUUAUUUAUUAUAUAUUUGGUGUGUGAUAUCAUCCGAUAACAUCAUAUUCUGGAUGGAAAAUUAAAUUUUAUUCCAUAGUUUCCUGAUGUCAUUCUUUAUAUGGGGUUCCGGUGCGAAAAAGAUUACUAGUUCAUGUAGUCCAGUAUAAGUAGACGGUUAUUUCACCCAUUUGGCAACUGGUUUGGAAUGGUAAAUAAUUACAGGAAGGCAAAUCAUCCUCUGUAAAAGUAACGAUUUACAGAGUGUUCGAAUAGAAAAUGAAAUGACCAUAUACAGGGAUUUUGUUGUCUUUGCUUUUCGCAUGAAAAACUUUCGAUGAUGUGGAAUGCAGAAUCUCUCCUUUCAUGAACAAACGUUCUUCCUUUGUUCUCUGGGUGAUUGGAGGUAAAUUGUCUCUCAUAUCUGGGUCAGAGCGUUUAAUUUGGUGUUCAGGAACUAAAGUUUCCUUGUGAUCUUUGAUAGCUAUAUACGUGCAGGAAAAUAACCCUGGCCUCUUGUUAUAAAACCGAGGUAAAAUGCAAAUUAAGCUCUAAUUAUUUUUUUUUUCUCUUUAUAUGUGGAGAAAGGGAUAUGCUUUUUAUUAUUCAAAAUAGCAGCCCAAUCCUUGAUGAACCUAGGACUUGAGUCAAUACACUUCAGACUUGCGAUCUUAAAGUUUGCAAAAAUUCAAGGAAAUAAAAUUAGCGAUUUUUUGGAGCAAUAA